CCAGCGCUCGGAGUCGGAGAGUCUCGCUCGCGCCGUUCCCCGCCAGUUCUGUAAUGGGUGUCCAUUAGCACAGGGCCACCAAAGUUUCUUUCACCCCAGCUAGCCUCAGUUCAGUCCUCCUUGUGGUAAGGAGCCUGGGCAAAAAUCCCUGGAAUUAUUCCUUGCACUCUGUGAUGACCGCAGAGUUCUUACUCUGCGUCUCAGAGUAGAAUGCCCAAGUCCAAGGAGCUUGUGGAAACAACCACUUCAGACAGUGGAUCUGAUGCUGAGAAUGAAAAGAAAAGAAAAAAGGAGAUGCCGUCCAAGCCGGAGAAAAGGCCAAAAACUGAGGCCAAAACUUCCAAGGUGGCAACAAAAAGUCAAGGGCAAGACAGUGAAGAGGAGGGCAUGUUCCAGAUUGGGAAGAUGCGCUAUGUCCGAGUGUCCUGCUUUAAGGGGAAAGUCCUUGUGGAUAUCCGAGAAUUCUACAUAGAUAAGGAGGGGGACACUAAACCUGGGAGAAAAGGGAUUGCCCUAUCUGCCGAACAGUGGAACCACUUGAAGGAGAUCAUUCCAGACAUUGAUGCUGCAGUCAAGAAAUUCUAAGAUGUUGUUUAUUUAAAAUCCUGUAUUUUUCCUUUUUUUUUUUCUUAAUUGCUAUUCUGCAUUUGAUUCCAUCCAAGGGAAAGGUUCAUUUGUUUUUAGAUUGUGAUAAUGCUCAAGGGGCUAGAGAUUGCUUUAAGGUUUUAAAAUAUAAUGUGGAACAAAUUCAUGAACCUAGAUUCAGUUUUGCUAAAAGAGCCUUUAGCAUCUUCAGCCCCUGCCUGUCCCUAAAUCUUUGUAUAGUGAGUGAUCCUAUCAGUGAUCUGCUGCAUGUAAGAGUCUGACUUCUAACUGGCAUUUCCUGAGCUAAAUGGCUAUUGACUAUCAUGCAGAGCUGUCUAGCUGCUCCACAUCUGUUGCGAUCUUCCACUUGGCUGAAUAUUUAGUAAGGAGUUUAGUCCAGCUACCUACUUGCCACUCUUCCACCUCAUCUAGGCUCUGGAAACUGCAUACAGCAUUCUGGCUAUUUCAAGUAGCUUUUGUGUAUGGAGCUCUUCCUGUCUCUCCCUCCCCGCCCCCCCUUGAAGAAGAGGGUUGCAGCACUUCAGCAGGGAAAAUAGCAUGUAGAGGAUGAAUAUGCCCAAUAAAUUUGUUUGCAUUACAACAGAAAAAAAGUGUAGUCUUCCCUGUUGGUGGUAACUUAACUCCCUGUUUUGUCCUCCCUGUUUUGUGUACUGGUGUCGGAUUUCCGUCCACAGGGAAAAUAAGUGGUUGAGCAGUGGCCCUGCAUUAGAGUGUAAGCUCUCUUUCUUUUAAA